CGCGGAAAUCACAGCCGCCCGUAUACAAAGUGUCCAACUAACGUGGUCGGUACGAUGGCACCGACUCAGUACCUAGUGAACAGUGACUACGGCGAAGAGCCCAUCUCCAGGACGUACCAGUACCGCAAGGUCAUGAAGCCGAUGCUGGAAAGGAAGCGUCGGGCGAGAAUCAACAGGUGCCUGGACGAGCUGAAAGAGCUGAUGGUGAACGCGCUGCAGAGCGAGGGCGAGAACGUGUCGAAGCUGGAGAAGGCGGACAUCCUGGAGCUGACGGUGAGGCACUUGCACGGGCUCAGGCGCCAGCAUCAGCUGAUACUGCCUCCUGAGCCGAGCUACGCUGACCGGUUCAGGGCGGGGUUCACGCAAUGUGCGCAGGAAGUGACGCAGUUCAUCACCACCCCCGCCGAGCCCUUGGAGCCUGGGGCAGGCAGGAAGCUGUUGCAGCACUUGGGCGCUUGCGUGAGACAGCUGGAUUGUGUGGCUCAGGGAGCGGUGGCUCAGGGAAGUGUGUCGCCGCCCGGUUCGCCUUCCUCUGCGCCCAUGUGGCGCCCAUGGUGAGAGUGGGCGAUUGUUGCUUGUGAUAUGGAGGAAAACUGUCGGUGAUAGAGUGUAAUAUGGAUUGUGAGCUUUACUUUAGUUGUGUAGUUUGUGUAGAGGUUUUGUCUUCCAGUUGUUCUUCGAGCGAUUCAUUUAAUUUCUGUUUUGAUUUAUUUUAGUUUUUAACGGCUUAGCUUUAAUUCUGUGAUAAUAGAUAAUGGUUAGCUAGACUUUAGGGAAAUCAAUAUAGAUAGAUGAACUGAUUUUGUUGUAUAUUUUGUACCUGAAUAUAGAGGUACCAAUAAUUUUAAAAUAAAUGUGUUGAAUCUUU